GUAUUUACUUUAUAUUUACUGUAUACUUUCUGUGUACUUUCUGUGUACUUACUGUGUACUAGCCGGAGUGGAACUGCAGGGGUUAAGCGUUGGAGGAAUGUGGCAGGAGGUUUUCUUCUCUCUCACUUUCUCCACCUUCACUUCUUCUCCUCUGUUCAGAGCUCCUCCUUCAUCCCACCACUCCGUCCUCCUCUUCCUCAGGGCGACUCCACCUUCGCACCCGUCCGCCCGACCUUCUGUCCGCCGGGUCACCACGGAGAUGCCGGGGACUCUUCCCAGGUUUCCCAGCGUGCCGCGGGGGGUGACCCUGCCUGCCUUGCUCGGCUCCCUGCCCAGAGGCAUCGCCGUGCCCGGUCUGCCCAGCUUACCCAGCAUGCCCAGGGGGAUGUCGCUGCCGAGGGCCGUCGCCAUGUCGACCGUAUCCCAGGCUCCUCGGCGGCUGCUGCAGGACUGCUGCUCUGUGCUGGACCAUCAGACAGCCGGAGGUCUGUGCGGUUGCUGCUGGGCGUUGCGUCCUCGCUACAAGCGGCUGGUUGAUAAUAUUUUCCCAGAAGACCCGGAGGACGGGCUGGUGAAAGCCAACAUGGAGAAGCUGACGUUCUUCGCUCUGUCGGCUCCGGAGAAACUCGACCGCAUCGCUGCGUACCUGUCAGAGCGACUGACCCGAGAGCUGAACCGCCACCGCUACGGGUAUGUGUGUAUAGCGAUGGAGGCGAUGGAGCAGCUGCUGCUGGCCUGUCACUGUCAGAGCAUCAACCUGCUGGUGGAGAGUUUCCUCAGUACGCUGCGUCAGCUGCUGGAGGCCGACAAACCACACCUCCACAUCCUCGCCACCAACUCUUUUGUGAAGUUUGCGAACAUCGAGGAGGACACGGCGUCGUAUCACCGCAGCUACGACUUCUUCGUGUCGCGCUUCAGCCAGAUGUGUCACUCCGAGCACGAAGACGCCGACAUCCAGAACAAGAUCCGUGUGUCGGGGAUCCGUGGUCUGCAGGGCGUGGUCAGGAAGACGGUGGACGACGAGCUGCAGGUGAACAUUUGGGAGCCGCGUCACAUGGAGCAGAUCGUCCCCGCUCUGCUGGUCAACCUGCAGCAGCACACACACACCAACAGUGAGUCUCCAGCAGAGCAGACUGAGGUGUGUUUCAGGGAGCUGUUGGGCCGAGCUGCUUAUGGACACAUUAACAACGCCAUCAGACCCGUGCUGAUGCACCUGGACAGCCGCGGCCUCUGGGAAGGACGCAGCUUCGCUGUUCGCUGUUUUCAGAUCAUCAUGUACUCCAUCCAGUCCCAGCAUUCCCACCUGGUGAUCCAGCAGCUGUUGGGUCACCUGGACGCCAACAGCAGGAGUCCAGCUUCAGUGCGAGCCGGGAUCGUAGAGGUUCUGUCCGAAGCCGCCGUUAUCGAAGCCACCGGCUCCGUAGGUCCCACGGUGCUGGAAGUGUUCAACACGCUACUGCGACAGCUUAGGCAGAGCGUCGACUACCAGCUGACUGGUUACUACGACAACGCCGUAAAACGCAAAACCACCUCCCCCGAAGAGAAGACGCUGCAGGACGCCGUCAUCAAAACUAUCGGGUCCUUCGCCAAUACGCUUCCCGUCUACCAGAGGUCAGAGGUCAUGCUGUUCAUUAUGGGGAAGAUCCCUGUUCCUGGUAUCUACCCCGCCCUGGGGUCACCCAACGCCGGGUUUGAGGGCAGCAGGAUGAUCCAGGUGAUGUUGUUGAAGUCUCUGCUCCAGGUGUCGGAGCGCUACGAAAGCAGCAACCUGCUGACGGCGCUGCCCUCGUCCUUCUUGGAGCCUCUGCUGUCCUUCACGCUGAUGGAGGACCCGGAGAUCCGCCUGCUGGUCCUCUCCAUCCUCACCUCGCUCAUCGACAGACGCCACAACGCCGCCAGACUCUCCGCUGCCAGCGAGGUGUUCGAUGUCUCGGUGUUGGAGCUGAAGGAGGACAGAAGCUCUCGACAGGACAACUUGUUCAUCAGGAAGCAUGCUCAGCGUCUCUACAGGCACGUCUACCUGACCUGUAAGGAGGAGAGCAGUGGGCGGAGCCACUACCAGGCCCUCGUCACGCUGUUGGCUGUACUCAGCGUGGAACUGGCCAAUGAGGAGGUGGCGGUGGACCUGAUCCGGCUGGUCCUCGCGCUGCAGGAGCUGGCGUUGUCCAAUCACGAGUGUCUGCCGGUGUUUAACCGCUGCGGCGUUCACGCCGUCUGCGCCGCCUUCCUCAACCUGCUGUCGCAGCUCGGCCCGCCGCCACCGCUCCACCAACACGUCACACAGGUGAUCGAGAGCCGGCAGAAGAGCGCUGCACACCUGCUGCCUAAAGACGUGUUCUGUGACAAACCCAGGCUGCCAGAAGGUGAGCUGAAGGUCGACGAAGCCUUUCUGUUCGUCCAAUCAAAGAUCUGCGAGGCUCUGACAGGAAGCAGCUACAGUGCACACAUCGACCGCUUCAACACGCCAUACAUACCUCAGCUAACAGAUGAGGAUCGUCUGUCCAAGAGGAAGAGUAUCGGAGACGUCAUCUCUCUGCAGGUGGACAUCGACCCUCAGUACUGUCCUGAUACUCAGCAGCCGCAGACAGAGCAGAUCACCUUUGAGACUCUGAAGAACGCGAUCGAGGACAGGGGGGGGGUGGAGGAAGAGGAGAGGAGGAGGAGGAUGCAGGUGGUGGAGAGGUUUCAGACGGCUCCAUUUGAGGAAAUUGCCGCUCACUGCGGAGCCAGGGCCUCUUUGCUUCAGUCUAAACUGGAUCGGGUCUUUGAUCUGAUCAUACGUCCUCCUCCGUCUCCGUCUGGACACUCGCCGCCUCGCUCAACGCCGCUCCACGAGAUGAAGUUCCCCGACCUGUGCGUCUAUUAGCCUGUCGGAGACGUCCAGCGGUAAAGCGACGCGUUGAAGCCGACCGCUCGCUCACCGUAGUGUUUCCUGUUUAACAUGUCUGACUGAUCUGAGGUCAGAGGUAAAUCUGUUCACAAACCCUGUAGAUUUUGGAAGAAGACUGCACUAAUUAAAUAUUUAAUGUAUGUAUCUUUUAUUUUAUUGUUUUCAUUCAUUCAGUCAUGAGCCGUCUGUUCCCGAAGCUUCCAACAACAGAUGAUACUUUGUGGUCUGACUGGUCGCUGUUACUGGUCGAUUAUUGGAAGUGUUAACUAUCAAUAUUCGGUGUAUUGUUAAGAAACGAUGCAACAAAGUUUCCCAGUUCAGCCUUUUCAGAUUGAUUCAUCUGCCAUUUUAGGUGAAUACUCGUUUGUUUUCUCCUCUUUAAAGUACCUGAAUAUAAAUAAAAAGGCUGCGUACCA